CUUUAAGGUCGGGCGCGGCACCUGGAGCCGCGCCAUCCUGGAGUCUCCGCAGGCCCUGCGGCCCGAGAGGACGCAGAUCCAAGGAGAGGUGGGGCAGGCCGCGCCCUGAGCCCGAGCCCAGGGUCCCGGCCGCAGUCGGCCAAGCCCGAAGCGUGGGCGGGAGCCAGGGGGUGAUCAUCACCGGAGUCGACAGCGAAGCCGGACUCCACGCGCCCCUCGGCGCCCCCGCCCGGUGGCCGAGCCCCUGCGCGGUGAAGCGGGCUCGGCACCGCUCCCACCGGGUCGGGGCGACGAUCGGACGGGACGGACGGCGGCGGACGAGACGCCCUGGACCAGACCCGGAGCCGGACCGUAGCGCUUCUGCGGGCUCGGAGAGCUGGGCUGGGGAACGGUCGCCGGGCCGCCCCUAACGCCGGGCGCCCCCUGCAGACCGGAGAGACCGCCCUUCCCAGGUUCGCUCUGCCCACGGGCGCAACAGCCAUCAUGCCUUCACCUCCGCUCGGCUCGCCAGGCUCCCCGCUCCGGGACCACGCCUGACCCUGCAGCGCGAUGGCUGCGCGCAAGAAAAUGCCUUGAGCUGGAGACAGGAGACCUUGCCCCAUAGACAAAUUCACAGGAAGAGAAUUGAAGACGUGUGACAGGGGCCGUGUGGCCUCCACCCUGUGCUACUGCGUGACGGUCAGCGGCAUGGUGGUUCUGGUGGCCGGGACACUCUGCUUCGCCUGGUGGAGUGAAGAAGAUGCAGGUGCCCAGCCCAGCCAGCCGGCUCUGCCCACAGGACGCCCUGAGCCUGAGGCCCCCGGUCCCCUGCUCAGGUCGGUCAGCUUCUUCUGCUGCGGUGCAGGUGGCCUGCUGCUGUUCCUCAGCCUGCUGUGGUCUGUCAAGGCCAGCACCAAGGGGCCGCCUCGAUGGGACCCAUAUCGCUUCUCCAGAGACCUGUACUACCUCACUGUGGAGCCCUUGGAGAAGGAGAGCUGCAGGACCCCAGAGGUGGUUGCCAUCCCCACUUACGAGGAGGCCGUGCACUGCCGACUGGCUGAGGGACCCCUGACACCACCUGCAUACCCCGUGGAGGAAGACCCGGAGCGCAGUGCCUCGGGGAAUGCCCUGCUUGGGGCCCAGCCCCCCUUGCCUCCGCCCAGCUACGAGAGCCUUGUCCUCGCUGACGGUGGCUUCUCUGGAGAGACAACACCUGGGGCUGCAUGCUCCCGCCCAGGCCCGGUUCAGAUUGCAGGGGAGGAAGUUAAAGGCUUCUAGCAGGCCUGGAAGCCAGAAACAAAUGAUGGGCUUCUUCUAGUGUCUAGUACAGUGCCUGGUACACAGCAGGCACUCAACAAAUGUUUGUUGCUGAAUGCUGUUUUAUUUUUCUAUUGCCGUGUAACAAAUGGCUUGAAAUAAAUCCAUUUCAUUAUC